UCACUAUCCGUGCGCCUUAUAACAGUAGCAACGCCUCGCGAAUACCCGCCCUGCAGCUGUAUAGCUUCGGUACUUGCACAUUAGGCUUCUGCAGUUCAGAUACGAGGUACCACACCAGAAUGAGCAGACCAUCUGUCGAGCACAUACAGGAUAUAAUAAAAUCAUUAAAUAAACUGGCGGAUUGUUUGGAGAGAGACUAUAGAUAUUAUGCAGAAAAUAAGUCACAGUAUGGUAAAGGUACUGUGGUUGGUUCAGCAGUUGCCGGUCUAUCCGGGGGUGCAGCAGCCCUCCUUUCACUUGCUGGAGUUGCCUUAGCACCUGUUAUCGUACCUGUUGCUGGUGUUGUGGCUGUAGGUGGAGCCGUGGUAGCAGGAGCUAGUGGUCUUGCUGGCUACCAAACUAAGGUUGCCGAACAGUCUGCGUACGAUGUGUACUUAAAACUGGCUCAGAGAAAACUCUCAGUUUAUGGCAACUACUUGCUAAAAACAUCGGAUAGGUUGGGUGAUAAAAGAAAAGAGGACGGAGAUGACAGCUGUGUGAAUAAUGUGCUUGGCAUUUUAAGCCCUUUCAUAGAAGUGGCCAGGUUUUCAAUUAUGGUUGGCGGCACCAUACUAUGUGGUCAAGCUGCUUUGGCUAUUGUUGGAGCAGCUGUGGUGUUUCAUGUUGUAACCAUCACCUUCAACGUUAAAGAUUUUGUUAAAAAUAGGGUAGCCGCUGAACAGGCAAGGAAGGAAAAUUCAGGGAUAAACUCUGCGUUGGCUAUGGAGAUCCGGAAAAUAGCAGACGACUUAGAACAAGAAUUGCGACGCCAGGGAGGAGCUUAGCUUUUGCGACUUUAGCGGUCAGUAUAGUUUUAAAUCAACUAAUAGAAGAUUCCCUUGCUUUUAUAGUUUGAGGGACCACGACCACUCAUGAUGCCAGACAGGCCACGUAAUCCCGGUUCGCAGUUACCAGACGUCAUAAACGCUUUGAAUAAACUUGCUGAGGACUUGGAUGUUAAAAGUGUCAGCUAUGAGUCCAAAAGGCGAUUUGCAUCUGUUAUGGUGAAGGUUGGUGGCUGUCUGGUAAUUGGUAGCUGUUUAACAAAAACUGGAGCCUUCCUAUUACAAAUUGCUUGUAUGAGAGGAUUGUCAGCCCCUCUGUUUUGUGUUGGGAUUGGUGUCUCUGUGUUCAGUGCUGUGGCGCAUCUGUGUACUGCAGUUGCUGAAAGUGCUGAAGUAGCGCAAUACCUGAAACUUGCCUAUCGAAAACUUGACUGCAACCAUUCUCUUUAUCUGUCUGGACAAAAGUGUGGUUUCUCUAUAACUGAUGUCCUUUCGACAACAAAAGCGAUGAUAGAACGUUCAGGCUUGAAACGUGCUCUUCAGAUGAAACAUCCAACUGCCGCCGACGGGAAUGGCCACAUUCGUUACAUUGUGAAACAGCUGGAACGCCUUGAAAGACGUGAAGAUUGAACAAAUGUAUUUUCGCUCUGAACCAAGCAACUAUGGAAGGGACCUUAAAAAUCAAAUCAAGCAGUGACCACGAAUUUCUAUGUAAAUAUUAUGAAUAAUCAAUUUCUUUGAGAUUUGGUAUCUUUGGUUACCAAUACUGUGCAUUAACGUUUUUUGUUGCUUAGGGCAUGAGAGGUCUAACUUGCAUAUUUGCAGUUUGUAAUAUCCCAGUGCCACAAUACAUGUACAAAAUAUAUGGGGAAGUAGUGUUAUGGUUGUCGCUUUAAGUAAGUGUCUUUACAUUGGAAUCAACUAAGUCGGAGUACCAUGUCGGUCAUUGUGACAGUUAAUUAUUUAUUCUUACGGAGGUUAGAAAAGCAAGGCUCGUGCUCGAUACACACCAGGGAAAUGCAUGUCAGAUCACUUCCGGACAAUGUUUGUUGUGAACACAUUAUGAAAGCGCUUAGCGUACGUCUGUUGAAUCAUUUUUCUCAUAAAUUGUUUGUAUUGGUGUGUUUUUGACAUGAUCAUCGUGCCGAUUGUCCUUUGGUAGUUAGAUUCAGAUGACCCAUACCGACAAUUUCUUGUGUAGUUUGAUGUUACCUUACAUUGUUGUGUAUUCUGCACAACCAAAUAGUUGUAGUUUUGUAUUUUUAUGAUAUAUUACAUUGUAACCAUUUUACGCGUGGAUGUAGCUUGGGUUUUGUAGCUUCUAUUCAAUGAGCUUCUAGAUAUCCAGAUAUAUUUGACUUUUUUUGUUCUUUGCUAGUAACCAAUAAAAAUGUGUUGUGAUC